AUGACGGACGCGCGUUGUGUUCUGCAUUGGAUCAAAUCAUCCAAGCCACUGUCCGUAUUCGUGGCCAACCGUGUGUCAGAGAUUCGUACUUGCGGCGAGUUCUUGUCCUUCCGCCAUGUUCCUGGAGAGUGCAACCCUGCUGAUGUCGCUAGCCGAGGCGGUUUGGUGGCCGAUCUUCAGGAGUCAUGGUGGCACGGUCCGGACUGGUUACGUACCACAUCAGAUCAAUGGCCAGACGAGGACCUCACACUCUCAGCUGACGAAUCCGACCUAGCCAGCAAGGAGGAGCAAGCACCAACGCUUCAUACCGCAAGCCUGGUGACUGGUGGCAGCGAUCGUGCUACUGACCAACCUAGUCCACACACCAUUCCAUCUGGCCUCGGCAGCGUGCUUACGAGAACAAGCAGUUUGAGGAAGGUCCUGAAAAUCACUGCUCUGUGCAUGAAGUUCCUGAAGAAACUGCGUCCCAACUCACCACGUCUCUCUCAGAUCAGCAACAGCUACGACAUCGUGUCACAAGACAUACAGGCUGCGCGAGAUUGGUGGACUCGAAUGGUACAACGCGAGGCCUUCCCUGACAUCUUCAAAGCUAUCAAGACCAAUGCCAAGCACAGUUCAGUUGCUAACCUUGGUGUUGUGAUUGACGACAACGGCAUACUGCGAUGCGCCGGAAGACUGAGCAACGCUGAACUACCAACUGACCAGAAACUACCGAAGCUGCUACCAACGUAUCACGCGUUCACGAAGCAUGUUAUCAGCGAAGUCCAUGGACGGCUUCUGCAUGCAGGUGUUCGACACACCCUGGCCCAGACAAGGCAAGAGUUCUGGAUCAUACGUGGCCGUGCUAUCGUUCGCCGUAUCCUGGAUCAGUGCUCGGUUUGCCGAAGACACGAAGGGCGUCCGUUCAAGUUGCCGUCCAUGCCCCCAUGGCCCAAGGAACGGAUUACCAGAGCACUUCCAUUCACGUACGUUGGUCUUGACUACCUCGGACCGCUAUUGAUCCGCACCGGCACGGAGAAAGGCAAGGUAUGGAUCAAACUAGUAACCUGCCUUACCACACGAGCUGUACACCUGGACAUAGUCUCUGGCCUAUCUGCAGCAGCCUUCUUGAACAGCAUGAGACGGUUCGCAGCGAGACGAGGCAAGCCAAAGUCUAUUGUGUGUAACAACGCACCCCAGUUCAAGUUGGUACGCUCUGUCCUGGACGAUCAUCUGAAGCUGAUUCUUGCCAACCCAGACCUGCUAUAG